GCGGGGGUUAAUCUCCCCUGUCUAGAAUGGAUCAAUUGGCUGCUAGCGAGCUACAAGCUACUGUUGCUAGUCUAGGAACUAAUGAUGGGAUCCGGUAUAUUCCGGAUGAAGAUUGCGUAGAAUGCGUCAAGGACCUGAUACGCUUUCUGCGUAGGGAUGAUGAGAACCAUGAGGUGAGAAGAGCGCUGGGAGAUCUUGGUGUUGUUAAAUCAGAUCUUAUUCCGAUCAUCAAAGAUCAUUCUCACAACAGGGAAUUGUUCGAUGUAACUCUACGGUUACUGGUAAACCUCACAAAUCCGGAACUUCUUCUUUUUAAGGAAGAAUUGCCUGAGGAUAAGGAAACAAGAAACUAUUAUCUUCAAAUUCAAAACCAUAGACAACAGUACAAACAGGCUUUUGUAGACAAAGAUGUUUGGAAGAUUAUCUCCAAAUCUUUAAGUGUUCUACUGAAGAAGGACUGGGAUGAGAGACUAGAGGAUGAUAAAUUAGUUCUGGAAAGAAUUCUCAUUCUCAUUCGUAAUAUUCUACAAGUCCCCGCUAAUGUCCGUCAUGAGGGUAGAACUGAUGGUGAUGCUACUAUUCACGAUCAGGUUCUCUGGGUGCUUCAACAAUCUGGUAUUCAGGAUCUGCUUCUGUACAUUGGAUCCGCAGACAGUGAAAUGCAUUACUGUAUUCAUGUUCUAGAGAUAAUUACUCUAAUGUUAAGAGAACAGGACCCAUCGGCCCUGGCAUCCUCCAGCCUCUCGAGGUCAGAGGAGGAGAAACAGAAGGACGAGGAGGCUCUCAGGAGAGUUCAACGUGUAGAAGAAGAGCAGCGUAAACUAAAAGCUAGAAAAAUUGUUUCUACUCGACAUUCAAGGUUUGGAGGCACUUACGUUCUUCAAAACUUUAAGGGAGUAGGGGAAAAGGAACUUGUGAUACAUAAACCAAUCCAUGAUUUACAAUCCCUGGAUUUGGAUAAAGAAAAGAGAGGAUUAAAGAAAGCUAAAAACAGACGAACACCAGAGGAUACAGACCAGGUGCGUCGUUCUACUCUCGCAGUGCGUAUUUUCUUGAAGGAGUUCUGCGUAGAGUUUAUUUACUCUGCGUACAAUCAUCUGAUGAAUGUUGUCAAGGAUGCGUUGAAUAGACAGAGAGCCCAGCUUAACGAUGAGAGCUACUACCUCUGGGCAAUGAAGUUCUUCAUGGAGUUCAAUAGAGGAUUUGAGUUCAAGAUUGAACUAGUCAGUGAGACCUUGUCUAAGCAGUGCUUCCACUUCCUACAGCAGCAGAUUGAAAACUACAGGGAUAAUUUCGAGUUUGAAAAGAGAAACAGACCUAAAUAUCUCAUGUGGGCUAAAAGAAUGCAUCUUGCAGUUCGGGCCUAUGAGGAACUGCUGUUAAAUCUAGUUCAGAUGGAGGGAUCGAAGGAUGAUAGAGUACGAGAGGCGGGUCGGGUGAUUAGAGCAGGUGUAUUCUAUGAACCAGAGUACAGAGAACUCUGUCUUCAGCAGCUCUCAUCCUUUAAUCCAGAUAGGAUGACCAAAGGAUAUCUAACGGAUCUUGUCCGAACUACCCACGUAUUCUUGAAGCUAAUGGAACAUAUGUCCAAGAAGAGCCACCUCCUGGUCAGCAAAAAGUCGAAGAAGAAAAUGUCUAAGUCUGGGAAGAAGAAGAGUGUGGUUCCCCCGGGUGGGGGAGAAAGACAAGGAAAAGAAGAACAAUGGGAUCUUGUUUCUCCACAGCUUUCUUCCCUUCUUCAAGGGAAAGGAUCUCUUCCAACUGACGUGAUUCCUUUCGACGCUGCAUCUGAUAUUCCAAUAGAAGAUCAGAAAAUACAAGCCAUGAAGAGAAUUCAGACUGCUUUGGUUUCUGUUAAACCUGAUCUAGCCAUUGCGCUCCUCAGGGCUUCAAGAGAAGUGUGGACCGAAGGCGAUGCAUUCGGUGCGGCGGAAUCCGAGGCGGAGGAUGAUUUUAUGGCACUCAGAGAAAUACUUUUCGCGGAUUUAGGUCUCGGAGAUCAAGCAAAUGGUGGGGAUGAAGGAAGGGAUGAGAAUGAACGUGAGGAGGAGGAGGAUGAAGAGGAAGAAGAGGAGGAGAGAAGAGUUUACUCCGUGGAACAAGAAUUUGAUUUUAAAAGUUUUGUUGCCAGGUUUGCUGUCAAGAAUGUUGUCAAACCUUUUGGUAUUCUCUUCAGUAACUACGAGAACAACAGCAAAUCUACAAACCACAACAUUAUCAAGAUGUUCCAUAGAAUAGCAGUGGAUUGUGGAACACCGGCUAUUCUGUUCCAGGCAGCAAUUUUCAGAGUGUUCCAGAGAAUUUGGAACGAUCUGAAAGCGAAACCAGAAGAUGCGAAUCUGCGGGAACUUGCUAAAUUUGGCAAGUUCAUUCUUCGCCAGUUCAUGACUGUGGCUGUAUCCAAUAAGAAAGUAUUUAUGGAAUUACUCUUCUGGAAAACUUCAAGGGAUGCUCUAGAGAUUGUUGAAGGAUAUGGAACCCACUCUAGCACAGCGCAGCAGAAGAAAUCAUUCUGGUCAGAGGAAGACGAGCUUAAACUCGUGCAGAUAUUCAGACAAGUAAAGGAGAUGGAGGCGGAUAACCCUGAGGCGGAUAUCCUGGAUCAGAUAGAAUCUAUGUAUAUUCAUGAGAAGAGAACAAGGAGACAGAUUGGAAACAAACUAAGGGAUCUCGGACUCAUCGCCAGCAUUAUGGAGAUUACCCGGAAACCCCUGGGAUCCAGGAGAACAUGGUCGGAGGAAGAAAUAGAGAAAAUUACUCAACUCUACCAGGAAUACAAGGAUGCUGAACACCCUGCUAAUCGUAUUCAUGAACAAUGGAAAAUGGCAGGACUUACUUCAAGGUCUAAAGGGAAGCUGAUUGAGAAAAUAAUGGAACUUGGCCUUUGCCAGGACAGAUCAAAACUUGGAAGGGUGCGUAAACGUCGUCAGCAGAAGCGAGAUGAUGGAGGAGGAGCAGCCUCCGAGUCCGACUCUGCUCUGGAGGAUUCUAGUUCAGGAUCCGAGGAUUCAGAAACAGAAGCAGAGGAUCAACCUCAACCAGCUUCCAGUACAGAUGUUGUGGGAGCGUGUAGGGCGUGGUUGGAUGGUGGGGAGGGGCGUGGCAGUGUACUGGGUUGGUUAGGAGAUGUAUUGAAGGGAGAGGGGGAGGACCGGGAAACUGAAGAUGAACCUGACGAGGUUCCUCUUGUUCCUCUUCUUGAAGAACAAGCGCUUGCAAUCCUAGACGAGAAGUUCCAGAGUGUUCUGGAGAGUGUAGGAUUGACUGCUCCAGUGUCUGGAGAACAAUACUGGAGAAUACCCCAGGAUAUUGGAGCCAGAGCACUCAAGAGCCGUGGACUGGUUCUUCGACGGGUAGUUGAAGGUGUAGAGGAUCCUCUGGAGAACAUUGAACUAGAUCUACUCAAGGUUUCUCGAGGCCUGGCGAACAUUGUUGAACAAAAGAAGAAGAAAAAGAAGAAACGAGGAGCUAACAAAUGGCAGCCUUUUAGACGAGAACCUGUCCCUGGUAUGGAUUCAGGGCCCUCUAGCAGUACUCCUAAACCAGCCAGCAAGCCUAAACAGUCCAGAGAAAAGAAAUCAAAUAGAUCCUUCCUUAACUCAGACACUGAUAGUGACAGAGAGAAGGAAGACGAUAUUCAAGAACAGGAGAAAGAAGACGACAUUCAGGACACGGAAAAACUCGAGAAGGACGCAGCGAAAACUAAGGAGGAAGAGAAGAGUGUUAUGAAGAAGAAGAAGGUUGUCUUGGACAAGGCUAAGCUCCUCAAGCUGCUGAAUGACGAGGAGAGUGAUAUCAGCUCGGAUUCCGACGAAGACGGAGACGACAUUAAUGUGGACUCUUCCCACGAAGGAAUUUCGAAGAAAUCCAAGAAAAAGAAAUUGUCUGUAUCGUCGAGCGACGAAGGCGUGGAUGAUCCUAACCCAGGUCCUGUAUCCGCAGCUUCCAAAAAGAAGACGACCAAACCUAAGGAAAAGAAGAGUGUUAAACCUACUACCCCUGACUCUAGUGAGGAUGAGGGAGUUGACGACCCUACUCCCCAAAGCUCUGGUCCAAUUAAGAACAACGAGCUGAACCGAGAAGAUGCUCUGUCCCCAGUGAUGAAAAAGGGACGCUCCAAAAGCUCUAAAGUCAAAUCAAAACCGGAACCUAAGUCCAAGAAGACUGUUGCCACAUCAGAUAAUGGGAAAAAGUCUGUGAAGAAAUCCACGGAAAAUUCUGCGAAGAAAAAGACUCUGAAGUCUAUGUUGGAUUCAAGUGAUGAUGAGAAUGGUAGUGAGGAGAAGGAGAGGAGUGGAUCUAUUAGUAAGGAUGAGGAUGAAGAGUUGAAUUCCAGGAAGAAACCUUCAAUUCUCUCCUCAGAUGAAGAGGAAGCAACCCCUGUAAAUUCUGCCAAGAAAACUAAAAGAAUUGUCGACAGCGACAGUGAAGAAGAAGAGGCUGGUAGACCAAAGUCGACAAUUCCUCAAAGAACUAGUCGUCCUUCAUCUAGGAAUAGUCCAGACAAGUUUUCCCAGUCCUUUGAUUCAAGAUUGGACGAUUCAAGGAUUAAUAAUUCAAUAAUAGACGAUUCGAGGAUCAAUGAUUCAAGGUUGGAGGACUCUCGUAUUUCCUUUAUGGACGAUUCCCGUUUAUCUAUUGAUUCUCGAGUAAGAAGUCCCAGAAGUCCGCUUUGUAGCCGUUCUCCGUCCCGCUCAGUGUCUAGGUCUAGAUCUAAAUCCAUUUCAAGAUCACCUUCACGCUCGAUCUCAAGAUCAAGGUCAAGGUCAACAUCUCCACUUUCAAGAAGAUCAUCACCCACUUCAAGAAGCUCCUUCAGAUCACCAAGUAGGAGUGCUCAUCCAUCUCCAGCUCCUAUCUCGAAGGUUCGAACUCCAUUAUCCUUGAAGAAUAUUCCGAACCGAACUGCCAGGGAGAGUGAGAGAAAGAGAAAGCGUGGAAAUAAGGCAGAAAGUGGAGAAGAAAAUUCUCCGGUGAAGCCGAAGUCCAAGCGUAAAAUGCUUGUGCAAUCAGAUUCAGAGUAGUGUAGUGUCAAAGUCACUUUGAAUUUUAGUAUGCGAUAUUUUUUAAUUUAAACAUGGCACAUUCUGCUUUGAGAUCCACGUGAAUAAUUUUAGUUUGCGCCUUUUUUCGUUUUAAAUUAUCUUAUUCCGAAUUUUAAUGUACGUCAAUUUAAAUUUGGAUUUUUAAUUUGAGACA